AUGGCGCCGCCAGGAGGUAGCGUUGGUGCUGGUAGUGGUGGUGAGGAAGAUGCCAAACAUAUGUUUGAUAGGAUAGGAGAAGAAGUGUACAAAGAAGUGAAGAAUGGUGGUGCUGAAAAAUAUUUUUAUGAAUUGCAUGGAACUUUGUCAAAAGCAAGAUUUGAGAAUGAACCAGAGGGUCUACAAACACAAGGAAAUCCAUGCCAACUUGAUCAUAGAUAUCAUACUAAUGCUACUAACGUUAGAAGUUAUCCAUGUAGAGCUGGAAAAGAAGAACGUUUUUCUCAAGUACAUGGCGGUGAAUGUGAUAAGAACAAAAUAAGAGAUAAUGAAGACGACAGGGUAGGAGCAUGUGCUCCCUUCAGAAGAUUACAUUUAUGCGUUAGAAAUUUAGAAAAUAUCAAUAUUAAAAAAAAAAUUGAUAAUGAUAACUUAUUGGCAGAUGUAUGUCUUGCAGCCAAAUAUGAAGGGGACUUAAUAAAAACACAUUAUACACCAUAUGAACACAAAUAUGGUGAUUCUCCUUCUCAAUUAUGUACUAUGUUGGCACGAAGUUUUGCAGAUAUAGGUGAUAUCGUACGCGGUAAAGAUCUUUAUCUUGGAAAUAGCAGAGAAAAAGAAAAAUUACAAACAAAUUUAAAAAGCAUUUUCCAAAAUAUAUAUAAAAAUUUGAAGAAGCCAGCACAAAAACAUUAUAGCGAUCCACACGCAAAUUUUUAUAAAUUACGAGAAGAUUGGUGGUAUGCUAAUAGACAACAAGUAUGGUACGCGAUAACAUGCGGCGCUGAGGGUUAUCAAUAUUUUCGAAAAACAGCAUGUAAUGGAGGAAAAUCUUCGACUCCUAAUAAAUGCCGAUGUACCACUCAUGAUGUUCCCACAUAUUUUGACUACGUGCCACAGUAUCUUCGCUGGUUCGAGGAAUGGGCCGAAGAUUUUUGCCGUAAACGAAAAAAACAAUUAACAGAUGCUAUAAAAAAUUGUCGUGAAGAAGAUGAAAACGGUGAGAACCGAUAUUGUGAUCUUAAUGGUUAUGAUUGCAAGAAUACAGCUAAAGGAAAAAACAAGUACAAGCAUGACCAAGAAUGUAUUAAGUGUUCUAGUGUAUGUAUUCCUUUUGGACCCUGGAUAAAGAACCAAAAACAAGAAUUUGAAAAACAAAAAAACAAAUAUGAAAAUGAAAUAUUAGGUAAAAGUAGGAGAAAACGAAGUAUAGGUAGUGAUACGUAUGAUGGAUAUAUUGAACAAUUUUAUGAUAUAUUAAAACGUGAAUAUAGAGAUGUUGAUAAAUUUUUAGAUUUAUUAAGUAAAGAAACAGCAUGUAAACAACAACCUUAUGAUGAACCAAGAACAAUUGAUAUUAGUUUCAAAAAUCCUGAAGGUAUUGACAUAUUUUCUAGUACAAAAUAUUGUCAAGCAUGUCCAUGGUGUGGAAUUGAAGAACAAAAAGUAAAUGGAAGAUGGAUAGCUAAAGGUGAUGAAGACUGUAAUAAUAAAGAAAUAAUAAAGUUUAAUAAUGAAGAUACUACUGAUAUAUCAAUACUUUCCACUGAUAGAGGAAAGACAAAAAUUCUAGAAAAAUUAGGAAGUUUCUGCAGAAAUGGCGAAAAGAUAAAAAAAGAUGAUUGGAAAUGUCAUUAUGAUGAUAAUGAUAAAAGUGAUAAUUGCAUACUACAAAAUGACAAUAAAAAUACAAAAAAUCAGGAAAUUGAGUCAUUUAACUCACUUUUUUGGCAUUGGAUAAAUGAAAUGUUAAAAGAUUCUAUAUUAUGGAGUAAAGAACUUGAUAGGUGUAUAAAAAAAGAUGAUAAAUCCAAAUGUAUAAGUGGCUGUAAAAAAAACUGUGAAUGUUUUAAAAACUGGGUUGCACAAAAACAACAAGAAUGGAAACAAAUUGAACAACACUAUGAGAAAGAAGAUUUUGAGUUAUCUGGUCCUUAUGGGAUUCUUGAAGGGAAUUUGCAAAUCUAUUAUUUGCCAAUGAUUCAAGAAGCUCAUCCAAAAGAUGAAGCCGUACAAAAAAUGGAAGAUAUAAUUGAAAAAAAUAAACCAAAUAUGUUAAGUGUUAAAGAACAUGAUAAUUCAAUAACCAAGUUCUUACAGCACGAAGAAGAGGACGCCAAUAAAUGUACAGGCAUCCACAACGACGCAAAAUGCAACCAACAAAAAAAACAAAAAACACCCGGCGGAGGUGAUGACGCCCGCUCCGACACUUCCCACGACGGAGCACGACCACAACCACCACCUAUCACCAACCACCACGAGGAACACGACGACGACGAAGACGACGACCCCAACAAGAUCCGUAGUAUCAAAUUCGAGGACGAAAAACACAUACAACCCAAAUUCAAAGAACACCCCGACGAGGUGAAGGAGACGGAGGAAGCCGAGGAGACGGAGGAAGGCACGGACGGAGGGGGGGAGAUACCACAAAAAGAGACACAACCGGCAGAGGCAACCACAGAAGACGGGACGGGAGAGACCACACAGAUAACAAAAGAAGACGGGGUGAAGCCAUGUGAUAUAGUGUCUAAACUCUUUCAGAACCCAAACGAUUUUUCCGACGCUUGUACCCUCAAAUAUGUUACUGGUAAAAACUACGGUUGGAAAUGUAUACCAAGUGGUGACAAAACAGCCACAAGUAGUGGUAACGGUGAACGUCCCUCACGUUCCAAACGUGGUGCCGAACCCACUAGUGAUGGCGUUCCUACCACUGGUGGUAAAGACGGAGCCACCGGUGGUAGUAUUUGUGUGCCACCCAGGAGGCGACGAUUAUAUGUCACACCACUAACGAGAUUGGCAGGUGGUGACGGUAACACACAGGCGGGUGAGACAACACAAGGUAACGGCGCGUCGACAGAGACGCCCGAGGCAUCUCUCCGUCGUGCCUUCGUGGAGUCCGCCGCGGUAGAAACUUUUUUCUUAUGGCAUAAGUAUAAAGAAGAGAAAAAAACACCAGCAACACAAAAUGGAGCACUUCCAUUACCACUUGCCCCAGAUGUGUCACCGCCAAGCGAGAACCCACAAACCAAAUUAGAAGGUGGAAACAUACCUGAGGAAUUUUUGCGUCAAAUGUUUUAUACAUUAGGAGAUUAUAGGGAUAUUUUAGUACGUGGUGGAGACGUAAACAGUGAUAGCGAAAAGAAGGAUGGUGAUAGUAAUAGUGACAGAAAUAUUGUUCUUAAUGCAGGGGGUGAUAAGGCUUCUAUGGAGAAAAUACAACAAGAAAUAGAUGAAAUUAUCAAACAAAGUGGCAACAACAAAGGUACUAGUGGCACAACUUCUCGUGGACCACAAAUUGGUAGCCACUCCCCAAAUCCUGACAAACAACAAACCGAACGUGAAAAAUGGUGGGAUAAACACGCCCCUUCCAUCUGGAAUGGAAUGAUAUGUGCUUUAACCUAUGAAGAGAAGACAAAUAGUGCUAGUGGUAGUGAAAGCAAAAUAGAACAGAAUCAGAAAUUGAAAGAUAAACUUUGGGAUAACGACGGCAACAAACCAAAAAACGACAACUAUACGUACGAUAAAGUGGAACUUAAAGAAGAAAACAGUGGCCCCAAAGGCCAAACCGAAUCCUCCUCACCCAGUGGUGAUAACACCCCCCUCUCCCAUUUUAUUUCUCGCCCCACCUACUUCCGUUACCUUGAAGAAUGGGGUCAAAAUUUUUGUAAAGAGAGGAAAAAGAGGUUAGAGAAGAUAAAGGAGGAAUGUCGCAGUGGCAACUAUGGUAAAGAGCAUUGUAGUGGGGAUGGACAUUAUUGUAAAACAUCAGACCUUAAACAUCAUAAAAUGUUUCAGGAUUUUGUUUGUCGUGAUUGUUAUAAACAAUGUAGAAAAUAUAAAAAAUGGAUAGAUAUAAAAUUCGAUGAAUAUCAAAAUCAAAAACAUAAAUAUCAAGGGGAAUAUGAUAAAUUAACAAAAGUUGAUUGUCCUAAUAAUGGUGAUAAGAAAUUUUGUGAAGAAAUAAAAAAACAUUCGUCUGCUGCAGAAUUUUUGAAAUCAUUGAAACAUUGCAAAGAUGGCCAAAAUAAUAAUGAUCAAAAUAAUAUAAUAGAUUUUGAGAAUACUAAAACAACGUUUGGCCCUUUAGAUUAUUGUAAAACGUGUCCUUUGAAUGGAGUUAAUUGUAAUGUUAUACGUGGUACAAAUGGAUGCAUAGAAAAUCGACAGAAAUGGAAAGAUGUUUUUGAUAAAAUACAUAAAGACAAUGAAAAGAUUACUGAGAAUAUUACUGUAGAAAUGAUUGAUCGUAGGGGAAUUAAUAUUGAUAAGAAAUUUGAACAAUUGUUUAAAGAAUCAUAUCUUUUUAAAAGUGUAAGAGAACAAAACUGGGAAUGUAAAGUUAUUAAUAAUGAUACGGAUGUGUGCAAACUUACUAAUUUUGACGAAACUAUAGACCUUAAUGACUAUACUACAUUUAAAGUAUUUCUAGAAUAUUGGUUAGAUGAUUUUUUAUAUGGUUAUUAUUUAUUGAAAAAAAGAAAAAUAAUCGAAAAAUGUACACAAAAAGAAGGAAAGACAUGUAAUGAAAAUUCAAAAAACGAUUGUGCAUGUGUGGGAAAAUGGGUUCAACAAAAGGGAAAAGAAUGGGAAAGCAUAAAAGAUCAUUUUCAGAAACGACAAUAUGGUAAUGGAGAUGAUAUUAAGUCUAAAGUUAAAAUGUUUUUGGAGAAAUUGCAAUCUCUAACUGAACUUAACAAAAUUAUGAAACCUUGUACAUCUUUAGAUAAGUUCAAGGCAUCACUUAAAUGUAAUAGCACUGAGAAUUCAGAAAAAGGUGGUAAAGAUGGUAAAAAAAGUGAUAUUAUAGAAUGUAUGCUUGAAGAUCUUGACACAAAAAUAAAAACAGGAUCUUGUUUAACCCAACCUAGUGGCGAAAAACAAGCAGAGUGUGAAAAAUACACCCCCCCUGAUGAUGAGGACUUACUCCUUGAAGAAGAAAAUGAAAACCAAGUGGAAGCACCGAAAAUUUGUGAAGGUGUAAUAAAACCAGAAACAAAAGUAGUAGAUGAACACGCUUGCAAAACAGACGCUCCUCAACCCGACGUUAAAGAAGAAGAAGAAGAAAAAGAAGAAGAAAUAGUGCAACCGGCAACAACAGGUGACGAAGGCACAAAGGAACUUCCAUUAACACCCCCAGCACCGGCCCCUGCGGCGCCUUCAUCAACCCCAGCAACACCAAACCAUCAACCACUCCCAAGUGAUAAUACCAGCGAUAUAUUAAAAACUACUAUCCCGUUUGGUAUUGCAUUGGCCUUGACUUCGAUUGCGCUUUUAUUUUUGAAGAAAAAAACCAAAUCAUCUGUUGGAAAUUUAUUCCAAAUACUGCAAAUACCCAAAAGUGAUUAUGAUAUACCGACAAAACUUUCACCCAAUAGAUAUAUACCUUAUACUAGUGGUAAAUACAGAGGCAAACGGUACAUUUACCUUGAAGGAGAUAGUGGAACAGAUAGUGGUUACACCGAUCAUUAUAGUGAUAUAACCUCUUCCGAAAGUGAGUAUGAAGAGAUGGAUAUUAAUGAUAUAUAUGUACCUGAUAGUCCUAAAUAUAAAACAUUGAUUGAAGUCGUACUUGAACCUAGUGGUAACAACACAACAGCUAGUGGUAAAAACACACCUAGUGAUACACAAAAUGAUAUACAAAGUGAUGGUAUACCUAGUAGUAAAAUUACAGAUAAUGAGUGGAAUACAUUGAAAAAAGAUUUUAUAUCUAAUAUGUUACAAAAUACACAAAAUACAGAACCAAAUAUUUUACGUGAUAAUGUUGAUAAUAAUACCCAUCCUACCACGUCACAUCAUAAUGUGGAAGAAAAACCUUUUAUUAUGUCCAUUCAUGAUAGAAAUUUAUUUAGUGGAGAAGAAUACAAUUAUGAUAUGUUUAAUAGUGGGAAUAAUCCAAUAAACAUUAGUGAUUCAACAAAUAGUAUGGAUAGUCUAACAAGUAACAACCAUAGUCCAUAUAAUGAUAAAAAUGAUUUAUAUAGUGGUAUCGACCUAAUCAACGACGCACUAAGUGGUAAUCAUAUUGAUAUAUAUGAUGAAAUGCUCAAACGAAAAGAAAAUGAAUUAUUCGGGACAAAUCAUGUGAAACAUACGAGUACACAUAGUGUUGCAAAAAAUACAAAUAGUGAUCCUAUACUCAAUCAAAUAAAUUUGUUCCAUAAAUGGUUAGAUAGACAUAGAGAUAUGUGCGAAAAGUGGAAAAAUAAUCACGAACGGUUACCCAAAUUGAAAGAAUUGUGGGAAAAUGAGACACAUAGUGGUGACAUAAAUAGUGGUAUACCUAGUGGUAACCAUGUGUUGAAUACUGAUGUUUCUAUACAAAUACAUAUGGAUAAUCCUAAACCAAAGAAUGAAUUUAAGAAUAUGGAUACAACCCCCAACAAAUCUACUAUGGAUACUAUGCUGGAUGAUCUAGAAAAGUAUAACGAACCCUACUACUAUGAUUUUUAUAAAAAUGAUAUCUAUUAUGAUGUAAAUGAUGAUGAUAAAACAUCUAUGGAUAACAACAAUAACCUUGUAGAUAAGAAUAACCCUGUGGAUAAUAACAACUCCACCUAUAACCACCGCAACCCUGCAGAUAUUAACAAAAAUUUUGUGCAUAAAAACAACCAAAACCAACACCCUAUAGAAAAACCUACCAAAAUACAAAUUGAAAUGAAUUCAAAUAAUCGGGAAGUGGUCGAACAGCAAUAUCCUAUAGCGGAUAUAUGGAAUAUAUGA